AUGGUGGGGCUCUCUGUGCUGGUGAUGCUGGUUGUAAUAUACGUGGUCCAGAGGCUGAGUUCCAUGUGGACCUGCUCAUCUGGGUCACUCCCUCCGGGGCCGUCGCCGUGGCCGGUGGUAGGCACACUCCCCAAGCUCAUGUUUAACAAGCCGGCGUUCCGAUGGAUCCACCAGGUGAUGGAGCAGAUGGGCACCGACAUCGCCUGCUUCCGCUUGGGCGGCGUCCACGUCAUCCCGAUCACGUGCCCUCGGAUCGCCAGGGAGGUGCUCAAGAAGCAGGACGAGAUCUUCGCGUCCCGUCCAGUGACUUUCGCCUCCUGCGUGGCCAGCGGAGGGUACAUGGAAGCCGCGCUGGCGCCGUUCGGCGCGCAGUCAACCAAGAUGCGCCGGGUGCUCACCUCCCACAUCGUCUCCCCGUCCCGCCACAAGUGGCUCCACGACAAGCGCUCAGAGGAGGCCGACAACAUCACGUGGUACAUGUACAACCUCACCGGCGAGGAUGGCAGGAACGUGGACGUCAGGCACCUCGCGCGGCACUACUGCGGCAACGUCAUACGCCGGCUCCUCUUCGGCAGGCGCUACUUCGGGGAAGCCGGUGAUGGCGGCGGCCCCGGGAAGCUGGAGAUGGAGCACAUGGACGCCUCCUUCACCGCGCAGGGGAUAUUGUACUCCUUCUGCGUCAGCGACUACCUGCCGUCGCUGCUGGGGCUCGAUCUGGACGGCCACGAGAAGAUUGUCAAGGAGGCUAACGCGACGCUGGACAGGCUGCAUGACGCGGUCAUUGACGAGCGGUGGAGGCAGUGGAACGCCGAUGCGAGGAGAGAGGUGGACGACUUCCUCGACGUCCUGAUCACGCUCAGAGAGCCAACAUUGAGCAUGCAGGAGGUGAAGGCACAAGCCAAGCUCAUCAAUCUCGCGGCCGUGGACAACCCAUCCAACGCCGCCGAGUGGGCGCUGGCGGAGAUGGUGAAGAGGCCGGAGCUGCUGGCGCGGGCGGUGGAGGAGCUGGACCGGGUGGUGGGCAGGGAGCGGCAAGUGCAGGAGUCAGACAUCGCCGAGCUCAACUACGUCAAGGCCUGCAUCCGGGAGGCGUUCCGGCUGCACCCGAUCGCCCCCUUCAACGUGCCGCACGUCGCUCUCGCAGACACCGUGGUCGCCAGCUACCGCGUGCCCAAGGGCAGCCACGUCCUCCUCAGCCGUGUCGGCCUUGGCCGGAACCCGGCCACCUGGGAAGACCCACUCCGCUUCAAGCCCGAGCGACACAUGGGAGGAGGAGGAGGGAACCUCGAGCUCACCGAGAACGACCUGCGCUUCAUCUCCUUCAGCACAGGCCGCCGCGGAUGCAUCGCCCCCAUGCUCGGCACCGCCAUGAGUGUCAUGCUCUUCGGCAGGCUCCUCCAUGGCUUCACCUGGACGAAGCCGGCGGAUGUGCGGGACAUUCAGCUCACCGAGUCCAAGCACAACCUCUCCAUGGCCAAGCCGCUGGUGCUGCACGCCAAGCCACGCCUGCCGCUGCACCUCUACCGCCCGUGA